AUGGUGGUGGCGGCCUCGCCUCCCCCUCUCCACCUUGCCCUCCCCCUCCUCCUCUUCGCCGCCCACGCGGCUGUCGGCAGCGCCGCAGGGGCCGUCGCGGUGAGCAGUGGCGGUCAGCUCUGGUGCGUCGCGAAGAAUAACGCCGAGGAUGGCGCGCUGCAGUCGGCUAUCGACUGGGCUUGCGGCCCCAACGGCGGCGCCGACUGCCGCGCCAUCCAGCUGGGCGGCGCCUGCUACGAGCCGCCCGACCUCCUGGCGCACGCGUCCUACGCGUUCAACGACUACUUCCUCCGAUCCGGUGGCGCCGCCAACCCCGCCUCCUGUGAUUUCUCCGGCGCCGCCGAGCUCAUCGGCCUGAACCCCAGUAAGCACCCACGCCGGCUCCUCUCGUGA